AUGGCUAUCUUUCCAUUUACUAAAUCAUGGCUUCCUCUUCUUCUACUCCUCUCUCUGCCUUUCCUUUACCUAUGUCUUCUCUAUCCAAAGAAGAAAGCUGGCAACCGACCCAAGCUUCCUCCAAGCCCUCCGAGGCUUCCCGUCAUAGGCAACUUGUACCAGCUAGGAAAACUGCCUCACCAAUCCCUACGUCAACUCUCGCAGAAAUACGGUCCGGUCAUGCUGUUACAGCUCGGUAACAGCCCAACCCUAGUCAUCUCGUCCGCAGACAUGGCUAAAGAAGUCUUGAAAACACAUGACGUCGACUUUUGCAGCCGGCCGCCGUCUCCCGGUGCUAAGAGACUUACCUACAAUUUCUCAGACAUGGCUUUCACGCCAUACAGUGAUCACUGGCGAGAGAUGCGCAGAAUCUUUGUAACAGGGCUUCUCAAUCCAAGGAGAGCGCAAUCGUUUAGGCAAGCAAGGGAGGUUGAGAUGAAUAAUAUGAUAAACUCUCUACUACUAGCCUCACCUAGUCCUGUUGAUCUUGACGAGCAAAUCUAUAGUUUUAUGGAUGGGUUUCUUGGUACAGCUACCCUGGGUAAAAGCUACAGAAGAAAGCAAUUUAAGGGUCAAAACUUGAAAGAUGUUGUUGAGGAAGCCAUGAGAAUGAUGGAUGGUUUCUCGGCCGAGGACUUUUUUCCAUGGAUUGGCAAAAUGGUAGACACUUUAACUGGGCAACGUGCAAGGCUAGAGAAGUGCUUUAGUAACCUGGAUGGUUACUUUCGAAUGAUGCUUGAAGAGCAUCUUCACCAUGAAAGACCUAAAGCUGAAUAUGAAGACUUUGUUGACGUGUUGGUUAGAUUAUCAAAAGAUGAAACUGGUCCUUUCCGUCUAACCAAUGACCGUAUGAAAGGAAUUCUUCUGCGGCUUCCAAGCUUGUACUUUUUCUGA